GGGGGAACAACGGCGACGAGGCCAGCAAUCCGACCAAAAAGCUCGAUGUCGGGCUCCGAGAAUUUCUCGACAACGAGACCACCAAGCAUGAUACCAGUGAAGCCAGAGCAGUCGCGCAGCAAUCAGCAGCUUCAUCUACGGAUGCUGCGCCCACUACCUACCGUGAACAGCUAGGCCUGGCGGAACCCGGACUGGACCAGAAGCACCAGAACUCCGCGUCCUCUGACCGUGUUGGGGUACCUCCAGAGGCACUCUAUCAAGACGGACGAUAUGCUCACCUGUGGAAGAGCUACAGGCCACAAGCGGAGGUGGAAAGCGCGGGAAAAUCAGAUCAGGAUCGGCUCGCAGAUGUCAUAGCAUCAUACAAGGAUCGUAAAGCAGAGAUCGGACGCGCAGCGCUGGACAACUGUGCAGACUAUCAACUGGCCGAGCGUGAAUGUCUGGCCAAUGGCUCGUGGAUGAAGAAGAUGACUAUGUGUCGGGAAGAAGGCAAGGCGUUCAAUAGGUGCUACACUAUGCAGGCGCGCUUCUUGUCUGCGCUGGGCUAUCUGUCAUCUGUGCGCUCGGAGGAGGAAGAGGAGCGCAUUGCCAUGCACGCAGACAAGCUGUACCAUGAGAUGCUGGACCGAGAGCAGCUCCAGAAGGAUGCAGAGGAGAAGGGCCAAGACCUCCCUGAGCUGCCACCUCUGAUUGCGCCAGAAAAGAUCACCGCUGCGCUGGGCGAGGAUAGCGCAUUUGCUCGAGCACGAAAGCUGGCGAUCGAGCGAGGCAUGUCCAAUAACUUGAGCUCCUACACACCAGAGAAGCAGGAAGAGAUCAAGAAGCGCAUUGCAGGGCUCUCGCCAGCGGAGAAGGAAGUCGAGCUGCAGCUGAUUGCAGCCGAGUCGCGGUCGCAGCUGGAGUAUGCAGAAAGAAUUGCCACGCACUUGGUGGAGGAAAAGCAGCACCGCGAAGAAAGGCGAGAGCGCGGGAAGGAGACGAUUGGAGACACGCUCCGACGACUAUGGGGCACAUAAUGUAGCUGACGAUAUGGCACAGAGCGGAAACGCGACUUUUGCCGUUCGCUCGGCCCGACCUCUAUAUCCGUCUCCAUCCCCAUCGGGCAAUCAAAACACAACAAACCACAAAUCACAUCUACUGUGCGGCAUUGAACACCGCCAACAUGUCUACCGCAACACCUUCUAAACACGACAGGAUAGAACGGCAUAUUCAGAGACAGCGCGGAGCUGGUGUCCGGAGUUUGGCGACGAGCUUUGGCUUCUCCUUUGGCGCCCCGCAUCCAGCACCUCCGCCACAAGGCGAGCGCUCCCCGUCCAGCGAACCUCCCGCGAAGCGUAGAAAGUCGCAUGGCAGUCGUGGGCCCGGAGCAGGUGGAGAGGAUCCUCUUGGCCACGCGAGGUACACUGAUGCUUUCCAUGCAAAUCCAGUGGGCGCGCGGAAGGCCAAGCCGCGUCGACAGUUCGAUGCGAUUGACGAAGAGCCAGAAAGCAGCAAGAGCAGCAAGACCGAGGACGAUAGUUUUCUCAAGACACGAGUGGUAGUGAAAAAGCGCGGAAGACCGGCUAAGGCUACACUGGAACAUGUUGCAACCACUGAAGGCCCUGCUUCCAAUUGCGCAAUGAAGAGGAGAGGUUCAGCGAAAACUGCGGUACAUGAAGGGCACGACGUCCGAGACCCUGCCAUGGGUGCUACACUUGUGGUUAGAAACGCCUCGGCACUGGACUCUGCUGCGCCGAAAGCAUCAAAUGCAUCGGGAAAUAAGAGAGGCCGACCACGGAAGAAGUUGGUGCACGAUGCAAUCGUGAGCCUCGCAGAACCAAUUGAUAGCUUCACGGAAUCGAAGUCGAACCAGAGACCCAAGAGGCAAGCAGCGGCCGCCGCUCGGACAAGGGUGAUAGAAGGCUUGAAAGAGGAAGACUCUGACAUAACGAAAAAGCGCCGCGAGGUCCAUUCUGCGCACACUACUCGGGACCCAAUGUCCGAUGAACGGCAAGCUAAGCGAAAAGAGGAGCUUCCAAUAUCACGAAAUGCGGGGAAGCUGCAGGAAGCCGAACAUACUGUCAUCAGUCAUACUGAGAACGAGGGCUCACUGGAAACUGCAGCUGGAGAUCUGAAGCAGCAUGGGCGAGCAGUUGCCGACUCCGAAAUGACACUCGCGCCGAACGUUUCCGGCAGACCUAGAAGGAAUGCAGCACUGGCGGCAAGUGCAAAAGUGCUCAGUGGCUUUGCCGAAGAAGCAACAGAUAUUACGAAGCGAAGACGGGAUUCCAGCCCUGUUAGUCGGAAGAAGAGGAAGCGCGAGAUUCCCGUGAACAGCAAACCUUUGACAAUAAAUACUCUGACCACUACAGGCAAAGCUGACGCGGUCUGUGAUCGACCGGCGGUGCCUAGGAAGCGAAGUCAAGCAACGGAUGGCACUUCCGACUCUACUCCUACGCUUCUCGAUAUGCGUAGACCACUCGCGGAGACGAAUAGCAACAUCUGUCCCAUGCCACAAGAGAUGAUGACCAGUGACGGAUUGCAGGUUCCAGGCAAAGCGGAUGUGCAGGCAUCUAUUCGCACUGAGACUCAGGUGGCAUCCAAAGUCUCUAUGAAGGCGAAGCGACAAGCGCGGAACCCUGACGUGAGUCGUGAUGCAUUUGCAGAUCCGGCAGGAUCCCCUGGGAACAGGGUCGAGCAAACGGAGGCAUUGCCUCUACCACAAGAGCCAGUCUUGAAAACAAAAGUGGUCGCAGCUGAGUCAAGAAUGCGAACUAAAAAGUCUGCCCAAGCAGCAUCGAUCUCUCCCAUAUCCGCCCCGAGAGAUGAGAAGCGUAGAGUGAAGCCAUCCAAGAUUAAGGCCAGCCGUUCCAAAUUACCUUUGGGUCCGGCUGCUACACAGACUGCUGCUACUGAUGGUGAAAGAGAGGAGAAUAUGGAUUGGCUUGCCCAGAAGCCAGAACCCACAAAGUCGAUCCGAGCGCCAAUAGCUUCAAGAACGAGGAAGGCGGUUCUUUGCCUACCUGACAUGGAUCUCGACGACCUAUUGUCAAAUGUUGCGAAUUUUGUCCCUCGACUAGGUUGAAUCGAGAGAGCACACGUAGCUUUGAGUCUGUACGCAUCAGGCGAGGAGCUUCAAUCUUAUGCAAGAGCGCAGGGUCUAUGGCUUCAAGUUGGACAAGACACAAUUGCAGGAUAUGAAGUCUAUCACUGGGCUGUCGAUCUAGGCUAGGCAUUGAAUACCGGACUUGCUGGUGCAGGGAGAACAUUAGCCACACCUAUCAUUACUUCAAUGGAAGUUGAUCAGCCGCCAGCGGAGCUCUUCUCUGCAGGGCAAGCAUGUAGCCUCUGCGCGCAUUCGACAAGGCUGUCACUUAGGAGGACGACAAAGUACAAGUUGAAUCACGAAUCCAAUGUCUCACUGAAGAAUCCCCGCCCAAUUUAGAGCUGCUCCGGGGAGAGUGCCAAUUGGCCUCGAUCCGGCUCUGCUCAGGCUCCUGUGUGUGCAGCAUAGGCGGUAUGUAGUCGGCAUACCAGGUUUACGGCAGUGUCUCGGCAAUGUGAGAUAUGCGCAGGCUCAUGUAGUGCGGCCGCCGCCCGCCGGCAUGGUGAAGUUGGAGCAUUCUGAAUCUGGCCUGUCAGCCUGUCCCUCGACCGGGUUCGGUAGAUGGUGAGACCGGUACGAUUGAGCCAAACUCUCUUGCAGCUCCAGCGAAACGGAUCUCGUGGCUCCCACUGCUUUCCGAUCUGUCACGGACACACACACACUGCAGUCGACCCUGGGCGGUGUAGCCACGUUCACGCAGACUACACGAGUGUAGCACAAAGACGUGGCUCAGGGCCAGUUCUGCAGCUGCUGCAAGAUUUUGCAUCUCUACUGUGUUGAGAUCUCCUCCCUGUCUCUCUCCAAUCUGAGCGCACUUGGAGCGUUACACACAACGCUCGCAGUCACUACUGUUGAUCGGGGGGAACGUCCAUCAUUAAAAUGCCCCCUACCCCCUUCUCCAAAACAUCUAGCAGCAACAACAUCCCCCUCGUACGGAAAUUAUCGCAAGGCGGCCACGCGAGAGAGUGAAAGAGCGAGCCUGUCAUUCAAUCCCGCGGCACGACCUGCCCUGCUUGUUUUCAAUAUAUUAUACUGAGUCCUCUUUUUUUUUAAGCUCGCGCGGCACUUGUCGGGGGCGGGGGGGGAUCGGUUUGCGUCACGCCAGGGCAAGGCUUGUUUCAGUUAUUUUACGCAUGGUUUUCUUUUUUUCUCUUUCGCAACGUUGUCGUGAUGAACCAGGG